UCGUUCCUAGGCAGCGCGUUAACGGAGUUCGCUAGCAAAAAGCUACGUUCUGAAAAUCACAAAAUUAAGCUCAAGUCCGACGUAGAACGGAAUUUUACACGCAGUUUUACAGAUACCGUUCUUAUCACAAGAUUUUUCUAAUUGUAUAAAACUACCAUCAGCAUGGAUUCUUCAAGUGACUUUAGGGAGAAACUGCAGAAGAAACGACGACAGGUACAUCAAGGCAGUGAUGGAGACCCAGGAGAAACUCUCAAACAAGCUUUACGAGCUGAAAGACAGAAGCGAAAACAGAAGAUGUCCAGGCAGUCUUUAGUUCAGGAUACUCAUGAAGCYGAAGCUGCAGAGGAGGUCUCCAUCGUUCAGGACAACGGUGCAAAUGAGACAUCGGCUGAUARGACGGAUGUUUUAGCUGUUUCAACAAAACCUCCAGCUGAUUCUCAUCUAGGAUCUUCCUCCAGCUCUCAGUACUUAAACAGCUUGCAGAAGAAGCGGAGGACAGCUAGGUUUAAGACAGAGCGCCGUCAGCAGCAGGAAGYGUCUGUAGAGCCAGCCAGUCGACUCCAGAAGCUCAGAGACAGAGACUCUGUAACAAGGUUUGACAGAGAGGUUGAUCCAGUCAGGGCAGAUGGAGGUGAGGGCCAUUUGACUCUUCGCAGCAGGGUUAAGUUCCACGAGGCCGCCCCAAGUGUAGAGAAAGACCCCCCAACUGCUGAACAGGCGUACAAUUUCUUUACAUUAAACYAUGAACCCGAUCCUCUAAUGGAGUCAGAGAGGCUUGGUAAGAAGCAGAAACAGAGUGACAGCACCGAGGAGGAGCGAGGGGAAGCUGAGGUGGAAGAAGAAGCUGAAGGAGAGAAUAAUCAAGACGACCGUGUUGCUCAGAGCGAGGAAGCUCCCCUGGUUCGAGACGAAGAGGCUCUAUUCAUCAUCGAUCAAUCGCCCCUAGACUUCUUGGUAACGAAGAGGGCAGAGUAUGUUGGUUAUCGGAAACGUCUUCAGCAAGAUCGUGAACUUUUGUUCACACCGAGCUCACAAGCAGUUCCUCCCUCCAUUAAACUUCCUGAAAAGAUGAAGCCUCGCUUUCUGGAGGACGAGGGUCUUUACGUGGGGGAGAGGCCCACCGUGUCUUUGACCAAUGAGAACAUCCUGGAGAAUCGCAUUUUGAAAACAGAAGAGGGAAAGAAGUGGUUUGGAGACGAUGGUAAGAUCAUGGCUCUGCCUGACCCCAUAAAAGGAUCGUCCACGAGACCCCCUUUGUUUCACAUGGAGGGAGACCUGGAUCCAGCUCUGCAGACCGUGUACAGGAAGGCACUGAAGUCCAAAUAUGCAAAUCUGUUGCUUGCUGGUGCAGCAGACCCUGAGGGAGACUACCAGCUGGAUGUUGAUAUUUCUGGGCUGAUCUUUACCCAUCAUCCCCUGUUCAGCCGUGAACAUGUGCUGGCAGCUCGUCUGGCUCAGCUGUAUGAUCAGUACCUCACCAGGCAGCACAAUAACCUCACAGGACACCUCACUGAGAAGCUGAGUGGCUUAAGGAAGGCUUUGCAGAACAUGAUGAGUAUCCACGGCGAGCAGGGCCUCUCUCAGGCCUUACAGCAGAGGCUUUCAGAGUACAGUAUUGAAGUGAGGAACACUCGGCAGCUGCGAGACACGGAGCAGGAGAAAGACAGGACUCUGUUGAAAAGCAUUAUUAAAGUGUGGAAAGAGAUGAAGGCUCUGAGAGAGUUCCAGAAGUUUACCAACACACCCUACAAGCUCUACCUCAGAAGAGAGAAUGUGGAUCGGGUAUCAGAUGAGCGCAAGUUUGAAGAGGAAAUCAUGACAGAAGUUUUGGAGUUGGAGGCAGAGAGUGAGGAGAAAUACCAGAAGGAGCUGGCAGAGUACAGUAAGCAGCUGGAGGAGUGGAAGCUCUGGAGAAAGAAACAGAAAGCCACGAGGAAAAAGAAGAAGAAAAAGAAGAAAAAGAGUCAGGCACAGGGUGACACAGAAGAAGAAGAAGAAGAAGAUCAGGACCUAAAAGGAAGUGAAUCGGAGGAGCCCUUUGAGGAAGGUCCUCAGAAGCCAGAGCCCCCUGAGAGGCCAGACCUUGGUUUUCUAGAGCAGCAGGUGAGAGAAAAAGCCUCGAGGAUCCGCAGGAAAGCAGGAGAAGCCAUCCUGAUCCCAGAGCUGUCUGCAUCAGGAAGCAUCACUGACACUGAGCUGUGCCCCAGGGCUGAAAUGGCUCGAAGAGAAGACGUGUCCAGACGUUCACUGUYCAUCAAGAUCCUGUACAACGACAAGGAAGUUUCCAGAACAGGCAGCCGCUCCCUGAACGCUGACUUCAGGGUGCACUUCGGUCAGAUUUUCAAUCUCAAGAUCCUGAACUGUCCCCAAAGCAUUAUUCUGCAG